AUGCGAGAAAGUAAACGGCCAAUAGGACAAAAUACAAUUACUUGGUUUGGGAAAGUAUUAUUUGAGCUUAAAUUGAUUUAUCCUUAUACAACUUGUGCUUUACAAUUUGAUCAGAGUAUUCAUCACUUGAUAAUCACCACACCAUUCACCAUUUGCUUUGAAUAG